AUGGCUGAUACCCUGCACCUACAGCACACUGGGACCUACAGUACACUGCACCUACAGCACACUCAGACCUACAGUACACUGCACCUACAGCACACUCAGACCUACAGUACACUGCACCUACAGCACACUCAGACCUACAGUACACUGCACCUACAGCACACUCAGACCUACAGUACACUGCACCUACAGCACACUCAGACCUACAGUACACUGCACCUACAGCACACUCAGACCUACAGUACACUGCACCUACAGCACACUCAGACCUACAGUACACUGCACCUACAGCACACUCAGACCUACAGUACACUGCACCUACAGCACACUCAGACCUACAGUACACUGCACCUACAGCACACUCAGACCUACAGUACACUGCACCUACAGCACACUCAGACCUACAGUACACUGCACCUACAGCACACUCAGACCUACAGUACACUGCACCUACAGCACACUCAGACCUACAGUACACUGCACCUACAGCACACUCAGACCUACAGUACACUGCACCUACAGCACACUCAGACCUACAGUACACUGCACCUACAGCACACUCAGACCUACAGUACACUGCACCUACAGCACACUCAGACCUACAGUACACUGCACCUACAGCACACUCAGACCUACAGUACACUGCACCUACAGCACACUCAGACCUACAGUACACUGCACCUACAGCACACUCAGACCUACAGUACACUGCACCUACAGCACACUCAGACCUACAGUACACUGCACCUACAGCACACUCAGACCUACAGUACACUGCACCUACAGCACACUCAGACCUACAGUACACUGCACCUACAGCACACUCAGACCUACAGUACACUGCACCUACAGCACACUCAGACCUACAGUACACUGCACCUACAGCACACUCAGACCUACAGUACACUGCACCUACAGCACACUCAGACCUACAGUACACUGCACCUACAGCACACUCAGACCUACAGUACACUGCACCUACAGCACACUCAGACCUACAGUACACUGCACCUACAGCACACUCAGACCUACAGUACACUGCACCUACAGCACACUGGGACGUACAGUACACUGUCCCACAGUACACCACACCUACAGCACACUGGGACCUACAGUACACUGCACCUACAGCACACUCAGACCUACAGUACACUGGCACCUACAGUACACUGCACCUACAGCACACUCAGACCUACAUAUAUUGCUUACCGGUGA